AUGCUUUUUGGUUCUUGGUUUGUUAUUUUUGGCAAUCAGAAUCAAGUUGUCAAUCUGUGGCGUUUUGAGAAAGGUUAUGCCGAUUUGGACAGUCAUAUUAAAUCAUUGCAAAGUAAUCCUGCGCUAAAAGCCAGCGAGCUUGAAUAUGCCCGCUUAUGCGGUCGGCGCCGAACAGUCAUUACGAAGCCUUUUAGCUAUUGGGGUGAGCCAAAAGAGCGAACUACUCCUCAUAUUUAUGAUCUUCGGAGUUAUGUUUUGAAGCCUGGUACAAUGAUUGAAUGGGGGAAUGCUUGGGCUAAAGGGAUAACUUAUCGUCGCGAAUUUAAUCAAGAUGUUGAUCGUAACACAACCAGACAAAUGACUUGGAGUAAGCCUGGAUGGGACUCUACUGUUGAAUACACUGUUCCAUUGAUUAAAAAGAUGCAAUCUAGAAUUCUUGUGCCUAAUGAGCUAUCGAAAUUGAAAUAA